UCUCUCCCUCUCCAAAGACUUUGGGAUUCUUCCAUUCUGUAGGAGAAUAGUUCAUGUGACGCUCGGCUUGCAGAAUCCUAGAAGGUACUGGACAGUCCGCAAAACAAACUAGCGUUUUUUUAUUUUUAUUUUCAUUAUAUAUAUAUUUAUAUAUAUAAAUAGAAUAUUUGUUUUGUGAGUUGAAAAUCGUAAAAUACAGAGUAACAUGGCAGAAUUGAAGCAACUUCUGCGAACAGAACAUUUCAGUGCAAGGUGACAUUGCAGCUGCCACUGGGCCCACCUUUACCUGACAUCAAUGAUGGAGCCGGACAGAAAGUCGUCCUUUGAUCACCCCAGUGUAGCGAUACACACCCUCUACAGCCCUUAUUUGACUGGAUUUGGUAAUGAGUUUGCUACAGAAGACCCUCGCUGCCCAGGAGCUUUACCUGAAGGACAGAACAAUCCCCAGGUUUGCCCCUAUGGUCUGUAUGCAGAGCAAUUAUCUGGGUCAGCAUUCACCUGCCCGCGGCCAACCAAUAAGAGAAGCUGGCUGUAUCGGAUCCUGCCCUCAGUGCGUCACAAGCCCUUUGCUCCAGUGGAGCAGGGAUCACUGACACACGACUGGGACAAAGCUGAGCCGGAACCCAACCAGCUCCGAUGGUUGCCUUUCACUGUUCCUAAAGCAAAUGAAAAGAAGAUAGACUUUGUGACGGGUUUGCACACGCUGUGUGGCGCAGGGGACGCAAGGUCUCGCAAUGGCCUUGCUGUUCAUGUUUACACCUGCAACGCCUCCAUGAUUGACAGGUGCUUCAACAACUCUGAUGGUGAUUUUCUAAUUGUGCCUCAGCUUGGAAAACUACUGAUCACAACAGAAUUUGGAAAGAUGACAGUGGAGCCUAAUGAGAUCUGUGUUGUUCAGCAAGGGAUGCGUUUCAGUGUGGAGGUCUUUGGAGAGACCCGAGGCUACAUUCUGGAGGUAUUUGGUGCCCAUUUCGAGCUCCCAGACCUUGGACCUAUUGGUGCCAAUGGCUUGGCUAAUCCCCGUGAUUUUCUGGUGCCCACUGCUUGGUAUGAAGAUCGGAAGGUACCAAGCGGAUACACUGUCAUUAACAAGUACCAGGGCAAGAUGUUUGCAGCUCAGCAGGACUACUCCCCCUUUAAUGUUGUGGCCUGGCAUGGAAACUACACCCCCUACAAGUACAACCUUACAAACUUCAUGGUCAUCAACUGUGUGGCGUUUGACCAUGCUGAUCCCUCUAUUUUCACAGUCCUGACCGCUAAAUCAACUCGCCCAGGUGUGGCCAUAGCCGACUUUGUGAUCUUCCCACCACGCUGGGGCGUGGCCAAUAACACAUUCAGGCCACCCUACUAUCACAGGAACUGCAUGAGCGAGUUCAUGGGCUUGAUCAAGGGCCACUAUGAGGCUAAAGAGGAGGGAUUCCAGCCAGGAGGGGGCAGUCUUCACAGCAUCAUGACCCCGCACGGCCCCGACGCAGACUGCUUCGAGAAGGCAAGCCAGGCAGACCUCAAGCCAGAGAGGGUGGCCGACGGGACCAUGGCUUUUAUGUUCGAGUCCUCCUUCAGCAUGGCUGUCACUAAAUGGGGCCUGGACACCUGUAAACGGCUGGAUAAGAAUUAUUAUAAAUGCUGGGAGCCCAUAAAAAGUCACUUCAAUCCCAACUGGAAACCAAGCAGCAAGUAAAACACAGCAGGAGAAACCAGAAGACCUGGAUGAAGAAUAUUUUUAGUUGAACACACACUGGGAUAGUGAUCAAACUUUACAGACAAUUCAGUGUCAUGAAAUUUGCUGCAAAGAUGGCCUUUUCUGAAUAAAUGAACAAAUUAAAUUCACACAUUAUGCAAAACUGCGCAACUGUGCAAAGUGGAACAUUAAUUAUGGAAUAGUACUAAAAGAACUACUUGAGAAACAUUUCAACUAGAAGUUUCUCAAUGUCUUCAGUGUACAUUAACACUAAAAAUUAACAGGUUUCUUUUAGUUCUACUACAACAUUAAUUGUUAAAAUAAAAAGUAAAUCAAAUUUAUACUUUUAAAAAUGAUAGCCGAGAGCAUACUCACACAUCACUAUGGUUUAAUAUGCUCCCUAUAUGUGAAAUUGGAAUAAGGAAUGGUACAGUUCACUAUGUUAUUGCUCAUAUUAAUUACACUAUUUUGUCUAUCAAGUCGCAGCCCCUUAAUGAUGCAAGUGUAGUCUGCAACUGUUUUAAAUAGCAAUUAAACACAUAUUUAAUUUUUCUAUUAACAAAACAUUCCUGUUAAACUCCUUAGUAGAAUGUAUUAAUACAAAUAUGAAUAAAACAAACAAACUA